AUGGAGCUGUCCUACCGUCCACACUGUCCGAGAAUGUCAUCCUCCCCUCUGAGCCACUUGUUGCCCGGAGCAGCCCGGGGCAGCAGCGCGCAGCGGCACUCAGAAGGCGCGCACACACCCGCGGACAGCUCCGGACAGCCCUGGAGGAGCAUGGCGGAUAACGCAGCCCCCGCGUCCGCUCUGACCGGAUACAAAGGAAGAAAGUUGGACAUCGCUUUCUCGGCGAAGUCCAACUUUCUUCCUUCUUCUGAACUUCCACGAAUGAUAAUCCACACCACACCCCCCCCCACCCUUGUGUUUUCCCAGCAGGGCUCUCUGCCGGCCGCCCGCGGCCCCCCCUCCGGCUCCUGUCCCAGCCCGGGCCGCGGCGCGGGCCUGAAGCUGGAGGCGGUGAUGGAGAACCUGCAGCGGCAGCAGGCGGCGCGCCUGGCCCUGGAGGACAAGCUCCGGCAGGCCGAGAAGGAGAAGGACCUCCGCUCCAUGGUGGAGUCCCAGAUCCAGCAGCAGGCGCUGGCGUUCCGCCACUACCAGGCGGCCGUGCGCAGCGCGCUGAGCGCGGGGGUCGGCGGCUCCUUCAGCAGGCUGCCGCUGCCCCACCCCGGGGGCGAGGAGGAGGAAGAGGAGGAGGAGGAGGAGGAGGAGGACGGCGGCACGGAGCAGGUGAUGGCGUACGAGGAGGACGGUGGCGACGUCGGGCUGAGCUGCUUCCAGCACCGGCAGCCCGCGGCGCGCCUGUCCCCGGAGAGCGGGGCCGGAGUCCCGGCGCACGGCCCGGCUUUACGCGCACAGUCCCCCUCCGCGCAAGCCCAGUCCCACCACGAGUGGACCUAUGAGGAGCAGUUCAAGCAGUUGUAUGAACUGGACGAUGAUGAAAAGCGCAAAGAGUUUCUUGAUGACCUUUUCAGUUUCAUGCAAAAACGAGGGACUCCGGUGAAUCGGAUUCCUAUCAUGGCCAAGCAGGUGUUGGAUCUCUACAUGCUCUACAAGCUCGUCACAGAAAAAGGUGGCUUAGUGGAAGUCAUCAAUAAAAAGAUAUGGCGUGAGAUUACCAAAGGCCUUAACCUCCCUACCUCCAUUACCAGCGCAGCUUUCACUCUCCGAACGCAGUACAUGAAGUACCUGUACCCGUAUGAAUGUGAGAAGCGGGGGCUGAGCUCUCCGGGGGAGCUGCAGGCAGCCAUCGACAGCAACCGCAGGGAGGGCCGGCGGCAGAGCUACGGCUCCGUCAUCUUCAACUACUCCCCGGUGGGCACGCCCACCCUCCUGUCCUCGCCAAAGAUGCCCCCCCACUUCCCCGUGCUCGCCCACCACGGCGCCCACGUGUCCCAGGGACCUGUGGUCAAGACGGAGGACCCCCUGGCCCGGUGUUUGCCCGGUCGAGUGGCCAUCCACAUGUCUCCGGGCGGCCCCCCCGCCCAGACGGCCGCGCUGGGGCAGCUCCGGGAACAUCUGGACGGGCCCGAGCCGCCGCAGAAGAAGAUGAUGCUGGUGGCCGAGGAGCAGCAGAAGCUGAUGGAGACGGCCCUGCAGCAGAACCUGAUCGCCAUGGCAACCCAGCUGCCCCUCAGCAUCAAGGUCAACAACAGAGAUGAUAGACAAGAGACCGCAUUGAACCUGUCUACCAACGGCAUUAGCAGCAUCAACAUGUCAAUAGAAAUAAAUGGAGUUGUCUACACAGGUGUCCUGUUUGCUCAGCAGUCCACCAUCUCGAUGAUGACCGGGCACCGCGGGAAGCACAACAGCUGGAAGACUCAGGGAGGCUCCAGUCCCGCACACUUCCAGCCCCCUUGCUCCUCCUCCUCCUCCUCCUCAUCCUAA